AUGCGCAUAGGGCUGCGGCUAUCUCUGCUGCUCUGCGGCUUAAGCUUUCUAAUCUGUGGGCGAGUGUUUGUUGGAGUGGGUCAUCCGAAUCAGAGACUUCCGCACUCGCUUCGGCACAAUGGAAAGCUAGGCAGCAAUACCGCAUUUGGUGGUGUGCAGGUUCCGCAGCGCAGCCAGUCCUUCGUAGGUGUGUCCGCAGUGGUGGCCAUCCUGGCCGCUAGUUGCAGUACAAGGAGUACAAGGAGUACAAGGCGGACUCAGGUGGCACGGCAAGCUGAAGCCUUGAUGCCCUGGAGGAUUCCCAACACACAGCGCUUUCAAUGGCUCUCUGUGCGUGAGCUGUUACUGCGAGAGCGGAUACUGAUGAUCUCUGAGUACAUAGAUGAUACAAUGGCCAACGCAUACCUAGCCAUGCUUCUAUACCUGCAGUCCGAAGAUGCCAAGAAGCCAGUGCAAAUCUAUUUCUCUAGUCCAGGGGCAGCACUGAAACCUGCUUUGGCCCUGUACGACACGAUUUGCCAGCUAAAGGCGAAAGGUUGCAAGGUGACAACAGUGAGCUACUCUCUGUGUGCUGGUAUGGGGGCAUUUCUGGUUGCAGCUGGAUCGCCAGGACGGCGAUUUGCAACUCCUAAUUCAUUAUUCCUGCUUUCCAAGACAGGACUGGAGAGCCCAGUCCAGGGCCAAGCCACGGAGAUUGAACUGGAGGCCAAGCAGAUGCUUCGUGAGAGCGACCGAGUGGAGGAGGAGUUGUCUGGCAUCACAGGCCAAUCCAUCGAUAAGAUCCGCCAGGACUUGCGGCGCAACUUUUAUUUGUCUGCUGCAGAAGCCGUGGAGUAUGGGUUGAUAGACAAAGUCUUGGUGCCGCAGUACGACAAGGGCUCCAAGUUAGACCAGGGAACUCGAGACCCAUGGAGUGGGCAGGUGGUCAAGACCCAAGUCGGGUUCGGAGUCUUCGCUGACCCAGACCAGCCACGGACUGCAGUUUGA